AUGUCUUCUUCGGAAACAGAGCCGGCUUCAGCUACUAGGAUUAAUCUCUCCCCCGCUACGGACUCUGGCGUGUUUAGCGCUGGUGUUAGGGAGGAUACGGCGCGACUUACGAGUUCCCUUUUGCAGGAUGAUAUGGCGAAGCAUCAUGUCUUUUUUAAUGACGAGGGAUUUCAUAGUGCAACCCCUGAGCAGGUAAAGGGAGCCUACAGCCGGAAUCAGAGCUAUCAGAGACCUGCGAUGCCGGCUGAUCAGGGUGUUGUCCAGUCUAUGCGUGACGUGGAUGGAUUCCAGGCUGGUAUGGGGAAAGAGAAGAAUUAUUCUAAUUAUUUGGCGUUUUUCCAGGGUGAGAUUGGGGUGAAGGGUGUUGGGGAUGUUCUUAGGGAGUAUCUUUUUGCUGGGGAUGAGAGGGCUGAGAAAAUGUUGUGUCGCUUGUUUGGUGGUCUGAUUCACCCGUUUAUCCAUCUCUCCUUUGGAUUGGAGUUCAAUCAGCCUGCCAUUGUGGCUCAGGGUUUGGCUCAGGCGGCUGUGCAUGAUGACUGGCUUGGUCGGGCUUUCUUUCUUCCUGCUGAGAAGAUGUCUGCUGGUGUUGGUGUGACUGGCAAGAAGUCGUUGCUCGAGCUUUUGAAUGAGUGUCGGGCGGACAAGGCUCUCACUGAAAGUGUUAAGUGGGCUGAUAGUAAUAAGAUCAAGGAUGGUGUGAUGACCAGAGCUCCAGAGCAAAUGAUCAAAUAUGCUGCUCAGUUCACUGUUUCCGAAGAUCAGGUUGAAGAGAGACUGGUGGAUAUGAUUAACACAGUCGUCUACUACACCAGCGCCGCACAGCGUCCGACCCGAGAAAUGAGACUUGACUUCUUCUUCAUCCACUGUGUCAACUCAUCCAUCUUCUUCUCUAAGAUCAUCAACCUCCCAUACCUGGAUCAGCGAUCAAAGCUGCGCCUCAUGGAAUGGAAAGGACGCAUCGACCUAUUGAUGUAUGUCUCACGCGGGUCACCAGACCUCCUCCUGGACGAGGUAGCCAAAUACCCUAUCAAGGAAGACUGGCCCCAAAUCUUCGGACGCGCCGUGUCCCAUGGCACAGACGACGGACAUCUCGCCAAGCUGGCCCGAGCAGUGGCACACGGCCAGCGGGUCUGCCAAGGGUUCGAGAAUAAGCAUCAGAUGCCGAUCAAUGGGGAUAUGUGGCUGAGAAUUGGGAACAUCGCUGUCGACUCCACCGUUGAGGAGGGGGAGAGAGGGAUGUGGGUCCGAUCCACUGGCUUUGAUGAGGCCUGGGAGCCUCAGGAACGCGCGCAUAUGUGA